AUGUCAGUAAACAGGUGUGUGUACCUGUUUUCUCGGCUUCAGCGCCACAUGAGCAGCCGGACUGCUCGCCUCACCGCGGGCAGCUGUCAUGCGUCCUCUGGCUCUGGUUUGUUACACAGACAACAUCCGGCUGGUUCAGUGGUGUCCAGCAGGAAUGUCUCAUCCUCUAACAGCUCUUCUCCUAAACCCCCGGACACGUCUCUGUUUGUCCCCGUGUCUCUGAGGACAGACUCCUCUGCAGAUGGAGGAGUGGGACUGGAGCUCACACAACCACUGGAUAAAAGUGAACUUCUGAAAGUUGUGAACCGGUUUUAUAAGAAGAAGGAGAUGCAGAAGCUGGCGGCAUCCCAUGGCCUGGAUGCUCGUCUGUUCCACCAGGCCUUCAUUAGCUUCAGGAAGCAUGUUCUGGAAGUGACAUCACUCCCCGCCGAUCUGCACAUCAUCCUCAGUGACAUCUGCUCUGGAGCAGGUCAUGUUGAUGACAUCUACCCGUACUUUAUGCGUCAUUCCAAGCAAAUCUUUCCUAUGCUGGACUGUAUGGAUGACCUGAGAAAGAUCUCAGACCUCAGAGUCCCUGCUAAUUGGUACCCUGAGGCUCGUGCCAUCCAGAGGAAGGUGAUCUUCCAUGCUGGUCCCACUAACAGUGGUAAGACCUACCAAGCCAUCCAGCGCUACCUGGCUGCUAAGUCUGGAGUCUACUGUGGCCCCCUGAAACUACUGGCCCACGAGAUCUUUGAGAAGACCAACAAUGCCGGUGUGCCAUGUGACUUGGUUACUGGAGAGGAGAGGACCUUCAUGGACCCGGAUGGUCGAGCAGCUGGUCAUGUGGCCUGUACCAUUGAAAUGUGCAGUGUCACCACACCUUAUGAGGUGGCUGUAAUCGAUGAAGUUCAAAUGAUGAGAGAUCCUUCCAGAGGCUGGGCCUGGACCAGAGCGCUGCUGGGUCUCUGUGCAGAGGAGAUCCAUGUAUGCGGGGAACCUGCAGCCAUAAACUUUAUCAGAGAGCUGAUGUACACCACCGGAGAGGAGGUGGAGGUCAACACUUACGAGCGUUUAACUCCAUUCACAAUCUUGGAUCAGGCUGUGGAGUCAUUAGACAACUUGAGUGCAGGAGAUUGCAUCGUCUGCUUCAGUAAAAAUGACAUCUACUCCAUAAGCAGACAGAUUGAGAUCAGAGGACUUGAAUGUGCUGUCAUUUAUGGGAGUUUACCCCCAAGCACCAAGCUGUCACAGGCCAAGAAGUUCAAUGACCCUGAUGACCCCUGCAACAUACUGGUGGCUACAGAUGCUAUUGGCAUGGGCCUUAACCUGAGUAUAAAACGUGUCAUCUUCAACAGUCUGGUAAAGCCUAAUGUUAAUGAGAAAGGGGAGAAACAAAUGGAGACCAUCAGUACAUCACAAGCUCUGCAGAUAUCUGGCCGUGCAGGGAGGUUCUCCUCCAAGUUUAAAGAGGGAGAAGUUACCACCAUGCACAGAGAUGAUCUGCCUGUUCUGAAGGAAAUACUCAGCCACUCCGUAGAGCCCAUAGAGACUGCAGGUCUCCAUCCUACAGCAGAGCAGAUAGAGAUGUUUGCGUAUCAUCUACCUGACGCUACACUGUCAAACCUUGUUGACAUAUUUGUCAGCCUGUCUCAGGUGGACGGUAUGUAUUUUGUCUGCAACAUUGACGACUUCAAGUUUCUGGCUGAUAUGAUUCAGCAUAUCCCGCUCAACCUGAGGUCACGCUACGUCUUCUGCACUGCUCCCAUCAACAGAAAACAACCUUUUGUAUGCACCUCCUUCCUAAAGUUUGCCCGUCAGUUCAGUCGAGACGAGCCCCUGACAUUUGACUGGGUCUGUCGUCAUGUCAACUGGCCUCUGUCUGCUCCCAAAAACAUUAAAGACCUGGUUCACCUGGAAGCUGUUCACGAUGUGUUGGAUCUGUACCUCUGGUUAAGCUACCGUUUCAUGGACAUGUUUCCAGACACAGCCUCCGUUCGGGAAAACCAGCGGGAACUUGAUGAUAUCAUUCAACAGGGCGUCCGAAAUAUCACCCGUCUCAUCAGAGCCACCGACCCAACCGUCACGGACCCACUACAGACGCAGCAGGGCAGCAGGCGUGGACUGACAAGUGGGAAUAGUGGAAGUGCCAGCGGUAAUUAUUUGACCAAUAGUAGAGGUCAGAGAGGACAAAGAGGCUCAGGAGAGAUGAUGGACAGCUCUCUGGCCAGUCGCCUGGUGAGAGACGGGCUGUUGACUCCUGAUUUGCUGCGGCAGCUGCAGAGGGAGUGGUCUAAAGAUCAUAAGCAGGAAUCCACCAAUCAGAGAGCACUCGAUACAGAACAUCCCAAUGGCAACAACAACGCAGGGAAAAGAAAAAAGAAGAAGAAAUGAAGAGGAAAACAAUAUUGUGUUGCUCGUUGUACGUGGUCAGUGAUGUUUUCCAUGGAGAUGGGUAACUGAUACAAGCCUCGGAUAAUAUCUGGUGGUUUGUUUUAAAUGAAUCACGGUUUCCAGCCCCGGAGGGAUCGUAAAAAGCUUUUAACUCGAGCCGUGAAAAUCAAACCACCAAAAUGUAGUUUGAACAAACACAAGAGCAGAGUUUGAUUAUGGUGAUUUGAUCUGGACUGAGAUUUACACCUGAACACUAGGUCAUUAAAUGGUUUUCUUGUUAUCUACUUGUUUUUACUGUGCUAAAAGCUCACAUUGUUUUCACCCAUUUCAAUGGGAGCAUAAAACAACUCACUGAACCCCCUUGGAAACUAAUUUGUCAAAUUAGCCCAACAACGAACUUUACUGACCUCACUUGGAUUUGGCUUACAAGAAAUAGACCCAUUGUUGUGGAUUAUUGUGGGACGUCCUGCCUGAAGGGCCCGCAGUAGUAACUUAACUGACAAGUAACAUGGUUUACCACAAUGUUUCAGUGGAGAGUCACUCAGUGCUGUAACUGCUGUUGUCAAAGCAUUGUGACCAGGAAACAUGCACUGUGUGUGUGUUAUGCAGGUCUAGAAUCAGUCUGUGUUUAUUUUGCUCAGUAUACUCAAAUGUAAAUCCUCAGAGCAGCAUCAGUAUGUAUCAUUCUUGGUUGGGUGAAGACAUUAGUCAAUUAAAAAUGUACUUAGUUUUAACAGUC